AUGGAUACAGCAAUUGAUCUGUCCGACGCCUCUAAGGCUUUGGACCUGGCCAAUAUUCGUUUUCAAUUAAUUCGACUAGAAGACACCAUUACCUUUCACCUCAUAGAACGUGUACAGUUUCCUCUAAAUGGCACCAUCUACGAUGCGAAAGCGUUCCCCAUUCCACAGAACAAUCCUAGUCUGCCUGAAAAUCUAUCUCUAGCCGACUAUCUACUCGCCGAGACCGAACGCUUGCACUCCUUGGUCCGACGAUAUGAUGCUCCUGACGAAUAUCCCUUUUUCCCUCAAGUCUUGCUGCGACCCAGGCUUCAACCCAUAGAGUAUCCUAAAAUACUCCACGAUAAUGACGUGAAUGUGAAUGCCAUAAUCAAGGAGAAAUACAUCAAAGAAGUCCUGCCUGAGGCCUGCCGCAAAUUUGACCGGGCGGACCGCGGAGAGACCAAAGAGAAUUAUGGCAGCGCGGCCACCUGUGAUGUGGCCUGUCUGCAGGCUCUGAGUCGAAGGAUCCAUUUUGGGAAAUUUGUGGCCGAGAGCAAGUUCCAGACAGAGACCGAGCGGUUCGUCAGACUCAUCAAGGCUGGGGAUCGUGCGGGAAUCGAUGCUGCAAUCACCAAUGCAAAGGUGGAGCAGCAGGUCCUUGAGCGAUUGAGGCUGAAGGCCAAGACUUAUGGCAAAGACCCUUCAGUCCAAAACAACGGAACUGGUGGUGAGGAGAAGAUCAACAUUGAAGCCGUGGUCAAGAUGUAUGCUCAGGUGGUCAUUCCUUUGACCAAAGUGGUUGAGGUCGAGUACCUCAUGCAGAGAUUGAAGGGUACUCAAUGGGAGUAA